AUGUGCUAUCUUAAUGACUCUGAUAAUGAAAAACCAGUAUGUACAACCAAAAGGAAAAGAUUUACACCCGAAGAAGAUGAAAUCAUUCGUCAAAAUACAAAAAAUAAAAGAGAAUUCACAUGGGAGGAGAUUGCCAGAAAAAUCCCUGGAAGGACUGCGAAACAAGUUUGUGAUAGAUAUAAUAAUUACUUGUCAAAGAACUUAAAGCAUGAAAAAUGGACUAAAGAAGAAGAUAAUUUAAUUAUUGAUAUGUAUUUGAAAAUAGGACCAAAAUGGACUGAAAUAACUACAUUAUUAGAUGGAAGAAAUGGAAAUAACGUAAAAAAUCGAUGGUAUAAGUACUUGAUGAAAGAAAGUGAUCAAAUUCCAUUUGACAUGUUGAAAAAAUCUUCCAAGAAGCAAGAUACUCUUGAAGAGUAUAACUUCAAUAUUCUCGAAAAUGAAAUAGAUCUUCUAAAUCUUUUCGAGCACAUUGAUCUUAGCAAGAAUGCGAACUGA